GUGGGAUUGCGCAUGCGCAGAUUUAAAACAAGUGGACAGCUGAUGUAUCAAGCCAUAGCCUAAAUGUGUAACACUAAAAACAUGAAAAAUUUUUGCUAAAAUAAUGUUUUACCAAUAAUUAUUAGUUGCAAGACAUUAAAACAUACAAAAUGGUUGAUCCAAGAAGUAAAGUUAACAUGAAAGAACUCGACGUGGAGUCGAAAAAAGACGCGACCAAGCACAUCGUCAACCUGCUGCAGCGUCCUGGCCAGCUGGAGAAGGUAGCAAUGUUUAAGAAAAGGUACAGCCGAAAGAAAGCAUCUGUUGAAGCACUAUUAAAAUCAGCAAUGCAGAGUCAACUCAAUGGUGUAAUUGAUGGCCUUAAUUUAUUAGCAACAAGCAUUGUGGACAUGAAAGAGGUGGAAGUAACUUUAAAAUCAAUGAACAAGUACUUUGAAACACUCCCAACACUCUCUAACAAUCUCCGAGAAGUUCGCGAAGAAAAUAUGCGUCAUUCUCAGUAUGUCACUGCAAAAGAAAACCUGAAACACAUCUUCACUGUACCAGAAAGCAUUGAAAAGACUAAUCAAUGGAUUAGUGAUGGUAAACUUUUGCAUACACAUCAAUGCCUAAGAGAUUUAGAAAACUCACGGGAUGAUUUGCUGUUUGAGUUGCAUAAACUUCCAAAUCAAUCCAUGGGAGUUUUAACUGUGAAGAAAUAUUUCUCUGAAGUUGAAACUUUGUCUACUAAGUUAGAAGGACAAUUACGGUUGAAUUUAACGCGGACAUUGAAUGCAGUACGGAAGAAACCGACUGUUAUCGUCACAGCGUUGAGAAUUAUCGAAAGAGAAGAGAAGAGCGAUGAAGAAGCGAUUAAACAGCAUAAAAACAACGGGUUUAUGCCACCUGGGCGUCCGAAGGAGUGGAAAAAGAUGGCGUUUAAGGUGUUGGAACAAGAAGUCGCAUUGAGAAUUGAAGGAAAACUAGUAGAGGAAAGAGCGGAUGAUAAAUUGUGGCUGGUGCGGUAUUUAGAACUCAUCAGACAGUUAAUUUUAGAAGAUUUGCGUGUGGUGAAGACACUUUGUGUUCCUGUCUUUCCGCCAUCUUAUAACAUCAUUGAUGAGUACAUCAAAAUGUAUCAUAAGUGUUUAUCAAAACAGCUUAAUGAAAUAAUUGAGAAUGGUCUGGAAGGCAACGAAUACGUUUCCAUCUUAGCCUGGACCUUAAACACCUACCUUGGUCCUGAAUUAAUGGGUCAUCCUGAUCUUAUUGAACACACCAAAACUCUUCCUCCACUUCUAGAGGAUGCGGUUCUAAAGAACUUAAAACAACAGUAUUUGAGUAACAUGGAGAAGAAUUACACCGAAUGGUUGGAGAAAACGUUGGAGACGGAAGUUCAAGAGUGGAAAUCGCAUGUUCCGCCUAUUCCGGAUGUUAUUCUGCGUACUUCCGGUCCGUCGAUUAUAUUCGAAAUGAUUGGACAGAAUCUGGAAGUUACCAAGACUAUUAAUCAAGAGAUUACAAACGAAGCGCUGUUUUUGAGCAUUAGACAUGUGGAAAAUUACUCGAGGAUGUAUCGCAAUGCAAUUAUUGAGUUCAAGCAGAGACACUUUGAGGAUAGGAGACUAGUUCCGUUUUUCACGCAGUAUAUGAUUACAAUUGUUAAUAAUUGUCUACAACUGGUUGAGUUGGGUGUGCAAUACUUGCAAAAGUACGGAACCGCUAGUACAAUGGAGAUGGAUCGUGUUUCGAGCAAUUACAAGAAGAUAUUCUUUGAUUUACGAACUGAAUCAAGUUCGUAUCUACUUGAGGAAGCGUUCCUGGAUGUAGACAAACACUUUGACGAUCUUUUCCGGCCGCGGUGGAUUAACGACAGUACUGCGUUGGAAACGGUUACUGCUACUCUGGAGGAUUAUUUCUUUGAUUACAAGGGAUUGGUUGAUGAGAAUUUCGAGUUAAUCAUGAAAGAAGCUCAAGUGUUAGUCGCGAAGCGUUAUUUGGUCGCCAUGUUGUCCAAACGCAUCUCGUUUAAAACUUUCGAGGAGUGUCAGGCGGUCGCGGCGCAAAUAAUAAGAGAAGCGCGAAAGUUGCAAUUGCUUUUCACUUCUAUCGAUUCAAAACUACAGAGUCGCGAUGAUCCUUUAGAAAUUAUUAUUAUGAUGGCGGAAGUCGUGAAGACAGAUGAUGAUAUGAUGAGUUUAGAUUUGCAUCGCGUGGUCGAGAGAUAUCCGGAUAUUACCGAGGAUCAUUUGUUAAGGUUGGCUUAUUUGCGCGGCGAUAUUCCGAGGGCUGAUAUGCGUGACAAAAUUGUUUAUGUGAUCAAAACGAAGUCGAAUAGUUCGCAGCGUACAAUUUUCUCACAACUUGUAUUCCCCAAGUCAUUGAUUCAGGAUUUAAAGAGUAAUAUUCCGUAAAACGCGGCGGCAUAUCCGCCAUUUUGAUAAUUUGCUUUGCUUGAUAAUUUAAUGUUUCAUGGAGAAUUAAUAAUUUUAUUGAAAUGAAGAGAAAUGUUACAUAUGAAA